GCGGGGAGGGCGUGGCUAAGCUUUCGGUCGCCCCACCGAUCCCGGAACGCCGAGCGUCCACAGCCGGGUGAUCCAUUCCGCCAGCCGGGUGACCCAUUCCGCUGUUCGCUAUCUUGGUCCGCCGGAGUCGGGGGAGGGUGGAAAACGGGUCCUUGAACCGCUUGGAGAAUUGGAAGUUGCAGCGAGAGCACUGGAAGGAGCGGCACUGGACCCUCAGAAGAGUCCAAAUGGCGCAGUGGGAGAUGUUGCAGAACCUUGACAGCCUGUUCCUGGACCAGUUACACCAGGUCUACUCACAGAGCAUCCUGCCAAUGGACGUUCGACAGCAUUUGGCUACCUGGAUUGAAGACCAGAACUGGAGGGAAGCUGCGCUGGGCAGUGAUGACGCCAAGGCCAACAUGCUAUACUUCAGCAUCCUGGACCAACUGAACCAGUGGGACCACUACAGCUCAGACUCCAAUCACUUUUUAUUACAGCAUAACUUGCGAAAAUUCAGCCGGGAUAUUCAGACCUUUCCCAAUGGCCCUACCCAGUUGGCUGAGAUGAUCUUUAAUCUUCUUCUGGAAGAGCAAAGGAUUCUGAAUCAGGCUCAAAGAGCUCAAGAGGUGCAGCCCCCACCAGCCCCCGAAGCAGUUGUGGAGAGCCAGCAGCUUGAGAUUGAAAAUCGAAUCCAGGGUUUACAUGUGGACAUUGAGUUCUUGGUGAGAUCCAUCAGGCAGCUGAAGGACGAACAGGAUGUCUUCAGCUUCAGAUACACAGUUUUCAGUCUGAAGAAGACGUCGUCUUCAGACCCCCAUCAGAGCCAACAGGCGCAGCUUGUGCAGGCAACAGCCAACAAAGUCGACAGAAUGAGAAAGGAGGUGCUGGACAUCUCCAAAGGACUGGUUGGCCGAUUAACCACCCUGGUCGACCUAUUGCUGCCCAAGCUGGACGAGUGGAAGGUGCAGCAGCAGAAGUCCUGCAUUGGAGCCCCGCCCCCCGAGCUGCAGCUGGAACAGCUGGAACAGUGGUUGACGGCUGGAGCAAAGUUCUUGUUCCACCUUCGGCAGCUACUGAAGCAGCUGAAGGAGAUGAGUCACAUGCUUCGGUAUAAGGGUGACAUGUUUGGCCAAGGGGUGGACCUGCAGAAUGCCCAAGUCAUGGAGUUACUUCAGCGUCUGCUCCAAAGGUCCUUUGUAGUAGAAACCCAGCCCUGCAUGCCCCAGACUCUCCACCGACCCCUCAUCCUGAAGACUGGGAACAAGUUCACCGUCCGAACAAGACUUCUGGUGAGACUCCAGGAAGGCAGCGAAUCACUCAAAGCAGAAGUCUCUGUCGACAGGAAUUCAGACUUACCAGGCUUCCGGAAGUUCAACAUUCUGACCUCAAACCAAAAAACCUUGACCCCGGAGGAGGGCCAGAGACAGGGCUUAAUUUGGGACUUCGGCUUCUUGACUCUGGUGGAGCAACGCGCUGUGGGUGCAGGAAAGGGCAACAAGGGGCCGCUGGCAGUGACAGAGGAGUUACAUGUCAUCAGCUUCGUGGUUGAGUACGUGUACCAGGGUCUGAAGAUGAAGCUGCAGACGGACACUCUCCCUGUUGUGAUUAUUUCUAACAUGAACCAACUCUCCAUUGCCUGGGCCUCCAUUCUCUGGUUCAACAUGCUCAGCCCAAAUCCCAAGAACCAGCAGUUCUUCUGCCAAGCUCCGAAAGCCCCCUGGAGUUUGCUGGGACCUGUGCUCAGCUGGCAGUUCUCCUCUUACGUUGGCCGAGGCCUCGAUUCUGAGCAGCUGGGCAUGCUGAGAACCAAGCUGUUUGGAAAGAGCUGCAAGAUGGAGGAUGCGCUGUUGUCCUGGGUAGACUUUUGCAAGCGAGAGAGCCCCCCUGGUAAGAUCCCUUUCUGGACCUGGCUGGACAAAAUUCUGGAGCUGGUGCACGACCACCUGAAGGAUCUCUGGAAGGAUGGGCGCAUCAUGGGCUUUGUGAGCCGCAACCAGGAACGCAGACUGCUGAAGAAGAUGUUGUCUGGCACCUUCCUACUGCGCUUCAGUGAAACUUCUGAAGGGGGCAUUACUUGUUCUUGGGUGGAGCACCAGGAUGACGAUAAAGUCGAAAUCUACUCAGUGCAGCCCUACACCAAGGAAGUGUUACAGUCACUCCCACUGACAGAGAUCAUCCGCCACUACCAGGUUCUUGCCGAAGAGAACAUCCCCGAGAACCCACUCCGCUUCCUCUAUCCCCGAAUCCCUCGGGACGAAGCUUUUGGGUGUUACUACCAGGAAAAAGUUAAUUUUGAAGAACAGAGGAAAUAUUUGAAACAUAAACUCAUUGUGAUCUCUAACAGACAGGUGGACGAGCUGCAGCAGCCUCUGGAGCUCAAACAGGAUUCAGAGUCCUUAGAAGUGAAUGCAGAGCUCUUGUUAGCACACGACCAGGAGUUGCCAUUGAUGAUGCAGACUGGGCUGGUUCUGGGCACAGAGCUGAAAGUGGACCCCAUACUGAGUACAGCCCCACAAGUCCUGCUGGAGCCAGCCCCACAAGUCCUGCUGGAGCCAGCCCCACAAGUCCCGCUGGAGCCAGCCCCACAAGUCCUGCUGGAGCCAGCCCCACAAGUCCUGCUGGAGCCAGCCCCACAAGUCCUGCUGGAGCCAGCCCCACAAGUCCUGCUGGAGCCAGCCCCACAAGUCCAGCUGGAGCCAGCCCCACAAGUCCUGCUGGAGCUAGCCCCACAAGUCCUGCUGGAGCCAGCCCCACAAGUCCUGCUGGAGCUAGCCCCACAAGUCCAGCUGGAGCCAGCACACUUGCUGCAGCAGCCAUCAGAGUCAGAUUUGCCUGAGGACCUGCAGCAGAUUAGCGUGGAGGAUCUGAAAAAAUUAAGCAACCCGAGUACUGAAUACAUCACAACCAACGAAAACCCAAUGUUGGCUGGCGAGAGCAGUGGAGAUGAGACUUCCAUACCCUACCACAGCCAUUUUGAUGCGGAUGGACUCUUGGGAUGGACUCUUGAUACCUUCUGAGGACUAGGAGCUAUGUUUCUGUUUUGUUCCUCCUAACUCCAACAUCAAGAUGUUGCUUCCGACAGUGGGGAUCGGGGUCUUCUAAGCUGGUUUACAUGAACUUUGGAAUAAGAGGUAAAAGCCUAACAUGGUUUUGAAGGUGCACCAAAGAGUCAGAACAGACACUGGCCAUAAUCUUUCUAGGAUCCUGAGGCUACCUACCAUGCUGGGAGACGCAGGGGUCUUGAGGGCUGGUCAGGACAUUUGCGAGGUCCUUAGAGGGUCUGGGGCAGUGGUGUCUUUCAGGUUGGAACGACUUUAAUGUUUUGAUAAUUGGCUAAGUUGGUGCAAAGCAGCAUCGGGCCUUUGUGGGGAGUUCAGACAUGAAUGGAAUUCUGUUCUUCCUCCUCCAUUGCUACCCUGGGUCCUGUCAAACCCAGAGCCCUGCCCGUGGUAGGCAACCACGGUGGCCCUGAGCCAUACCUGGGCCCUUCAGUUCUCUCUUCCAGUUACCUCAGGUGUACUCCCUUCGCUCCUGACUCCAGUUCUAUAAAUUUCCUUCUCUUCCUAUAGAGGCUGAGCGCUGUCUGCUUCAGCCCACCAUGUAAAACAGAAUUCAUGCUAGCAGCUCCCUUGCCAUGAUCAAUUCCCCACCUACAAAGUAAUCCUGACACUCUCAUGAAGAUGUGAAGCUCUGCUGCUCUAGGCCAUGCCGUCUCUACCUCCCCCAGCGCUUGAGAGAAUCACUCCUGGAGGUUUGAAUGGUUUCUGAGCACUUGGGAAUUACUCCUUAUAGUACUCAGUAGAGCUGAGAGCUUGAAGAGAACUUAGCUAUUUUAUUAUUUUAUGAAUAAGAGGGCAUCAUUUCUUUUGCACAGUGUUUUGUUAACAUGAAAGGAAAAAAAAAAACCCAAAACUUCUGUUCCUUAGGAGUGACCUAGGCAAGGACCAGGUUCCUUGGGUCUCAGAACCUUGAAGGUUUAUCAGACAUCUUUAUGCCUUAGCCAUUGUUGGGGAACCCAGGAGGCAAUUGCCUUGCCGCUGCUCUACGGUGUGCUUGUGGUACAACUUGUGGGAAACGAAUGUGAGGACCUGCACUGUGGCCGUUCUCUAACGGCGCAUCAGAACAGUCCAGGAAGGGGUUAAUAAUAACUGGGACAGGGGACAGCAGUGCCAUGCCCAGCCUCAAAGGCGGCACGAGCCAACCAAGAACCAAGGAGGCAGACAAAGAAGAUACACACAGGAGCAGAAGCUCAAGGAGCCAGAAGCAAAAGUCGUGAGAAAAAGGUGCCCGGCCAACAGGUGAAAUUAAGAAAUUCAGCAAAACCAAGGCACAACAGCAUAGUGGGACCAAGAGAAUGGCACUGCUUCUUUCUGCUCCUUUGUAAGUCCCUGGUUCUCUGCUGUACCAUCUCUCACCAAGCUCUGAAUAGUUAGAAAGAACUGUUGUCCUGAAGUCCUUCGUACGUCAUAAUAAACUUUUGUUAAAACAACAACAAAG